UAUUGUAUCUCAAUUAUUAUUAUUUACAUGUUACUCGCAUGCCCCUGCAAUCCCUUCUUCACUCUCUCCCUGUUUCUCACACUCUCUUCAAUGGAAGGAAAAGCUAAAAAAAUCCUUCACUUUUCCUUCUUCACCGUUCUGUUCUUCUCCACCGUCACCUCCACCUCAAACUAUCUCCAGUCCCACACCCUUGUUCUCAACUCUCUCCCUAACCCAUCCACUUUCUCAUGGCCCCAAUCUGACUACCGGUCAGAUCUAAAUGACCUGACCCAAACCAAUGGAGAAUCCUCUCUCUCCCUAGACUUACACCAUCUCGAUGCUUUAGUGUCAAUCACCAAAGACCUAGAGUCUUUAUCAUUUAAUGGAACUCAAACCUCUGAGAGUCUUUUCAAACUUCGCCUCCAACGCGACAUCUUGCGUGUCAAAACCUUGAACAAAAUCCUUGAAUCUGCCGCACGUUCUCCCCCAAGUAACAGCACUGCUGCAAGUGGGAGAGGAGGGUUCAGCAGCUCCGUCGUAUCGGGACUUGCACAGGGAAGCGGUGAGUACUUCACUCGCAUCGGCGUGGGCACACCUCCCAAGUACAUUUUCAUGGUCCUAGACACCGGAAGUGACGUCCCUUGGCUCCAGUGCGCCCCCUGUAGGAAAUGUUAUUCUCAAACCGACCCGAUAUUCGACCCGCGUAAGUCCAGCUCAUUUUCGAAAGUACCGUGUGGUUCCCCCACGUGUCGCCGACUUGAAAAUGCCGGAUGUUCCACCAAAACGCAGACGUGUCUCUACCAAGUGUCUUAUGGUGAUGGUUCUUUCACGAGAGGUGAUUUCGGCACUGAAACGCUGACGUUUCGCGGGAGCAGAGUUGGUCAAGUGGCGCUAGGUUGUGGACACGACAAUCAAGGUCUCUUUGUUGGUGCUGCAGGUUUAAUGGGACUCGGUCGUGGGAGGUUGUCUUUUCCUACACAAACCAGUCGCCGGUUCAACGGAAAGUUCUCGUAUUGUUUGGUUGAUCGCUCAACUUCUUCUAAGCCGUCCUCUAUGAUUUUCGGCGAUGCGGCUGUUUCAAGAACCGCCCGGUUUACUCCGCUAAUCACAAACCCCAUGCUUGAUACUUUUUACUACGUUGAACUUCUCGGGAUUAGUGUUGGCGGUGCACGUGUCCCUGGCAUAGUUCCUUCUCUGUUCAAACUCGACGAAGCUGGUAACGGUGGAGUCAUCAUUGAUUCGGGCACAUCAGUGACCCGUUUGACUCGAUCCGCAUACAUCAGAUUUCGUGACGCUUUCCGAGUCGGAGCGUCGGGCUUGAAGCGUGGAACAGGCUUUUCGUUGUUUGACACGUGUUUUGAUUUGUCGGGAAUGAAAGAAGUGAAAGUGCCCACUGUGGUUUUGCAUUUUAGAGGAGCUGAUAUGUCAUUACCGGCGAAUAAUUACCUGAUUCCGGUGGAUUCUUCUGGGACUUUCUGCUUUGCCUUCGCCGGAACUAUGAAUAAGUUGUCAAUUAUAGGGAAUAUCCAGCAACAGGGAUUCCGGGUUGUGUAUGAUUUGGCGGGUUCCAGGGUCGGGUUUGCACCGCGUGGCUGCGCUUGACUUUACAUGCGCGUGGAUGUUUUUGGAAGGGAAUUAUCUCUUUUACUGUUUGUUUUAGUCUAUUGGAAGAUGAGAAAGAAAUCCUUCUUAAAAUUGAGUCCUGAGAGUAGGUGAUUAGGAUUUAUUUCACUUGUUUGUUCAUCUGUUUGUAUUAUGAAUCUGCCUCUUUUAAGUCUUUCUCCAAUAUUUUGAUAAUAAUAAAAGCUAAAAUUAAUCCAA